AUGGAGGAGGCAAAGAAGUACCCAACUCUACCAACCAUCGUCGCACACAAGUCCAUGCCACUCCACGUCCAACCAACAGUAGCGCAUUUUGCCCUAGAGAAGCUUCUCAAGAAGGCCCUAGAGAAGCUUCUCAAGAAGGAGGUUGUUGGGCUAGACUACUGGUCACCGACGGGGUUAGCCCGCACUACAGUGAGCAAAGCAGCGAACGCGCCACAGUUCCGCGUGCUCACGAUGGAGAGCGAGCAGCCAGAGGCCAGUGAUAACGAGAACAUACGCAUCAUUGCCAACCCUGCAACAGCCCUGCAGCUCUCCGGCAUUUGA